AAAAGAGUCAUUAUGCACGAAUUAGGCCAUGCUAUUGGUAUGGUACACGAACAUCAGCGAUAUGACAGAGACAAUUAUAUUACUAUUGUCAGAGAGAAUGUACGCCCAGCUGUUUUAGAUCAGUUUAAAAAAUUCUCUAGGAAUGUGGUAGAUAUUGGUUCAGUGCCAUAUGACUACCUGUCUAUUAUGCAUUAUGGUAAAAGUUUUUUCUCUGCCGAUGGAUUUAGUACAACAAUUCGAACAAACAACCCUAAUUAUCAAGAUUUAAUUGGUCGAACCGAACAACUAUCGUUUAUUGAUGUAAAAGCCGUGAAUUUGAUGUACAGAUGUAAUGGUGAGGAAGAACAGCCUGAAUAUUAA